AUGUCGGUGUCAUCCAAGAUAAGACCCCCUCCUCGCAAGGCCACACGUAUGGCCACUGACCAUUCCUUCAAUAUGAAGAACUUCUAUGCUGAUCCGUUCGCUAUAUCUUCAAUAUCGUUGGCCCUCGUCUCAUGGGUCAUCGCCAUUGCGGGUUCCAUCUCUUCUGCAUCCACUAAAGAGUCCUUCCCACGUUUCACUUGGUGGGGGAUAGUCUAUCAGUUUCUGGUCAUUUGCUCGCUGAUUCUGUUCUAUUGUUUUGAUUUAGUCGAUCAUUACAGGAUUUUCCUCACUACGUCUAUCGCGGUGGCAUUCGUAUAUAAUACAAACAGUGCAACAAACUUGGUGUAUGCAGAUGGAUCCAAGAAGGCUGCAGCUUCUGCCGGUAUCAUCUUACUAUCAAUCAUAAACUUGAUCUGGAUUUUGUACUAUGGUGGCGACAAUGCUUCUCCAACUAACAGAUGGAUUGAUUCGUUUUCCAUCAAAGGUAUCAGACCUUCCCCAUUGGAGAAUUCGCUUCACAGAGCUCGUCGUAGAGGUAAUAGAAUCACAACACCUUAUCAAAAUAAUGUAUAUAAUGAUGCUGCCCGAGAUUCAGGUUACGCGACACACUUUGAUGGAUAUCCACAACAGCAACCAUCACACUCACACUACGUAUCGUCUACAGCAUUAGCUGGCUUUGAGAAUACCCAGCCCAAUACAUCGGAUGCCGUGAAUGAUCAUUUAAACACUUUACAACAACGUAUCAACAGUACUAGUAACGCCAAAGAUGCUAACGACGACAACAACAAUCAAACUGCAAAUACUAAUGCCGGUCAUACGUUUGAUACAGACUUCUCUAACGGUAACACGGAAACUACAAUGGGUGACACUUUGGGGCUGUAUAGCGAUAUAGGCGAUGACAACUUUGUAUACAAGGCAAAGGCGUUAUAUCCCUACGACGCAGAUGGCGAUGAUGCUUACGAAAUUUCAUUCGAACAAAACGAAAUUCUACAAGUCUCUGACAUUGAAGGUAGGUGGUGGAAGGCAAGAAGAGCAAAUGGUGAAACAGGAAUUAUUCCAAGUAAUUAUGUUCAGUUAAUUGAUAGCCCCGAAGAAAUGCAUCGUUGA